AUGGAUUUACUCAACAAAAUGAGUAUUGCUUGUGAUAUUUUUCUAUUCUUAUUAACAGCAUUAAUUGACAUAUUUCAUAGUUUUUUUAAAUCACUGAUACCACGAAAAUACAGAUGUAAAAAAAUUGAUAAUGAAAUUGUAUUAAUAACUGGUGGAGCUGGUGGUCUUGGAAGAUUACUUUCAAUUAAACUUGCUGCACUUGGUGCUCAUGUUGUUAUUUGGGAUAUCAAUGAAUCAGAUAUUAAAAAAGUUGUUGAUGAAAUUAAAUCAUUAAAUGGAAAAUGUACUGGCUAUGUUUGUGACAUAACUGAUAAACAAGAAAUUUAUAAAACAGCUAGUAUUAUUAAAAAAGAAAUUGGAAAUGUUACAAUAAUUAUAAAUAAUGCUGGUUUUGCAUAUGGAAAAGCAUUUGUUGACACUAAUGACGAUGAAAUUGAAAAAAUAUUUAAAAUAAAUAUAAUUUCUCAUUUUUUGAUAAAUAAAACAUUUUUACCAGAGAUGAUGAAAAAUAAUCAUGGUCAUAUUGUUACUAUUUCGAGUGCUGCUGGAUUAGGUGGUGCAUAUAGACUUACUGGUUAUUCAGCAACUAAAUUUGCAGCUAAUGGUUAUCACAAUGCAUUGUUUGCAGAUUUAAAAAUUGAUGGAUAUGAUGGAAUUCAAACAACACUGGUAUGUCCAUAUUUUUUUCAUACUGUCGGCUUAUUUCCAAUUGUAAAACCAAGAUUCCCAGAUGCACUUGAUCCAAAUUACCUAGCUGAUGAAAUAGUAUUUGGAAUUUUGACAAACAAAAAAACUAUAGUCUUGCCUGGAUAUUUAAAAUUUGUUUUUCCAUUAAACUUACCAACAAAGUCAUAUGUUAAAUUUUUAAAAAAAAUUUGUUAUGCUGACGAAUUAAGUGAAUCGUUUGCUAAAUACCAGAAGUCAAUGCUUAAAAAUGAUAAAAAAAAUUAA